AGUCAACCUUACGACAGCCCACCCUCGUUGCGCCAUAUACCUUACUCUGUAGAGAUCACUGUUCUCUAUUAAUAUUCUCCUAGCACUCAGUCCUGAAAGGGCGAGUAUUAUGAUUUUGGACUCCCGGUGAUUUUCCUGGUCUUGUCGCUCGUUACAUCAUGCCUCGCCCCGGCGUCGGAGUGUUUGGCGGGAGAAAUCAUACGCCCGUGCUGGAGAUCAAACCAGAAUCACCAUUCGUGGUGUUCUACGGCGAGCCCUCAGACUCGCACGAUGCAGAGCUCAAGGGCAAGCUGGUUCUGAACAACCCUGAGUCACUCUCAGUGCGCAGCGUUCGCAUAACGCUGACGGCGACGCGCAAAGUCUCAUGGCACUUGACCAACACCGUGAGCCCGCAGCCGAUCACGCAAAAGACCAACUUCCUCGUCGAUAAUCUCACACUCUUCCCCGUCUCUAGUUCAGACAAGAGCACGAAAGCGCACAAGAUCAACGCGGGAUACCAUGAGUGGGACUUCAAGUUCAAGAUGCCGAGUAGCCUCGACCAGAGCGUGGAGGGGCUACCGACAAAUUGGGUUGUGUACAAUCUGAAGGCUACCGUGGAUAGAGGGUACAUGAGCAAGCAGCUCUCUGCCUCGUCGCAUAUUCGCGUGAUUCGCACACUGGGUCGCGACAUGCUCGAAUCCAUGCCUAUGGAGCAGAUCAACGAGGAUAUCUGGGCGAACAAAGUAGCCUACAAAAUCACAGUCCCUCAGAAGAACUACAUCGUCGGCACACAAAUUACCGCCGACUUUGUAUUAAUACCGCUGAGAAAGGGCGUCGAGAUCACGACCAUUAAGAUGGAGUUGGUCGAGUCACGGCAGCUGUUCGCAGAUUACGCUGGCAGAAGGAUAAGUCAUCAGACAGAUAUCCAAGUCGCCGUGAAAGAGGCAGAUAUGCCUUCCAACUCCGCGCACCUCGUUCCCGCCGAAGUCGACGAUGCAGACGCGCUAUUCGACGAGUCCCACCGUUUCUCGAUGUCAUUGGAUUUGCCCAAGUCUCUGAAGUAUUGCAGGCAGUCUGUGGAUACAGAGAACAUCCGCUUGUCGCACAAACUGAGGUUAUAUGUCAACCUCAAGAACCCGGAGGGCCACACCAGUCAGCUUCUGGUCAAGAACCACGUCCAUCUGUUCAUUUCGCCCAACCUUCCGCCGAACGAGGAUCAGAGUGUAGUCGUGGACAGCAACAUCCUGACACAGCAGGCGAUUGCAGACGAGGCCAAUCAGAACGCGCCACCGACAUACGGACUCCACCAGCUUGAUGAGCUCUACAACGACAUCGAUCCUUCCGGUUUUAUGACACCCGGCGGCUGGCGCAGCACAAUGAACAGCGGUGCCAACACACCCUUCUUCGCACAAAGUAGACGAGGUUCUGCAGAAGAUCUGUCAUUAGACGCAGUUGCGCACCAGCAAGAUGGGCCUGGUGUUUCCACAAUCGCUCUUCAGCACCGUCUCGCAAACCUCAACAUGUCCCACAACGACCGCCACUCUCGUUUUCACCCCUCGCGCCAGGACUCGAACGGCGACCACUCUGGCUCCGGCCAACAGUCCUCGAACCACUCCUCCGGUCAAAGCACACCACACCACCGCACACCACAGAACGGCGUCGAGCCAUCGUACUUCGAUAUCCCUAUCAACGACUACGAAUACGAUAUGUCCGCGCUUGCGCGUACGCCCAGUUAUAACACCGCUGUGCGCACACCUGCUGCGUAUACACCAAUGGAAGUUGCACUUCCGAGCUACGAUGUUGCAACAUCAAGACCUGGCAGCCCAGUCAGAAGUCGCGCCAGUAGGGGCACAACGUCCAGUCCUGCACGCAGCCUCGAAACAUUAAACGAAGAGACAUUCAGGAAUACACAGAUCAAUAGCAGGAGAGAGAGUCCGAGACAUAGCGACGAAUUGACGCGGCGCUAGUGAGAAACUGUGUGGGCACGAUAUUCUGCAUAGAUAUGGCGUUUUGGAUUGAUUGGCAUCUUGAAUACCGUAGAGAUAGAGCAGAGGCUUAGGCUGAAGUGCUUGGCCUUGAUAGAUGGAUGAUUUGAAAUGGGUUGGGACGAGAUAUCCUUAGAUCUUGGCGUUGGGGUUGGAGAUUGGAGUGGGAGAAUGGCAUACUCUUCUCUUUGCACUUCAAAGCUAAGCUUGUUGUAGCAUGAUUGUGUGGACUC